AUGCAGGAGAUCCUGUCAUCAAGGAACCUCAGAGCCCUGGGCCAACCGCCGUUCCUGCUGCUGUUCCAGCUGCUGCUCCUGGAAGAUUUGCUGGCGUUCUGUGAAAGAGCCCACACUCUGCGCUAUGACCUCCUGGCCUUGUCUCAGGAGGGCAGAAGGGCAGAGCCCUGGUGGCUCAGGAUAAAGGGACACAUGGGAGCUGAUACCUGGGAAAGAGAGACUGAAGACCUGCAGGAGAAGGAACAGCAGCUCAGGAGGAUGCUGGCAGAGCUCAUGGGACAUCAGACACACCAUAGGGGUCCUCACUCCCUACAGGCCACACUGGGCUGUGAGCUCCAAGGAAACCUCAGCACUGGAGGAUUCUGGCAUUUGGGCUAUAAUGGGCAGGAUUUUCUCAUCUUUGACCUGGAGACCUGCAGGUGGAAAGUGGCUGAGCCCUCAGAUGAACAAUAAAGAUACCCCAGGGCUGAUCUAGAGAAGACUUUCCUAUAUCACUCAUGUCCUGAUCAACUACGGAGGCACCUGGCUUCCAUGAAGGACCACCUAUUGAAUAGAGAUACUGAUGGCCCCCCAAAGGUGACUGUGACCCACAGGAAUUACCCAGUGGGCAGGAUCACCCUGACAUGCCAGGCUUUUCGUUUACAUCCUCCCAUGGCCACUCUGACCUGGUUUCAGUAUGGGAAGCCAGUGCAGCAGUGCACAUCUGGGCUUGGGGCUGUCCUGCCCAGGUGGGACAGGACCUACCAGACCUGGGUAUCCAUACAGAUCCUUCCUGGAGAGGAGCCGAGGUUCUCCUGUCACGUGAAACAUAGCGGCCACAACACCAGGAUACCUGCUGUCUUUGGUGAGGAACUGGAGGAACUUUGGACAUUAAGGUGUAGGGGGCAGGGUCAGAAAUUGCCUCUAGAACACAAUUACCUACACUUUUCAGGGUGGACUCCAGAACAUCAAACCAAGGACACUUGGGGUGUCACCAACGCUGCUGCUGCUCUGGCUGUUUCUGUUCUUCCUGCCACACUGGUGACGCUGACCUGGGCCUAG